CCCCAUUCCUUUUCCUCCCACCCCAAUCUUCUACUCCAAUUCCAAUUCUCCUGUCGUCACGACUGCGCUAGAGCCGGUGCCCCCUCCAUCGCUCACUUCCUCCGCUAGGUCCCCGCCUGGGCCGACGGCACGUAGGUGCUUGGCAUGCGCAAGCGCCGCCCGCUUUACAUGCCUCACGACUAUCGCGCCCGCCGAAUCUUACGCUGCCACCUCCUCUCCAGCCUGUCCUCCCGCGUCAUUCUCUCCAUUAUCCCCCCUGCCUGCCGUGCCGGCUCAUCGCGCCCGCCCUCGCACUGCUUCUCGUUUUCAGGAUCGAGGCCUCCUGCUCGGGCGUUGAUGAGGGGAGGAAGGUCUAAGUGAGGGUCAUUGAUGGCGCCGGCGAGCUCGCCGAGAUGGUGAUGUCGGCCAGGGGAAGGGAGGACGAGGCGGGGUUCAAGCGGUCCCUGUUGAAUUACAUUCUGGCGUUUCCCGUGGUUCUCAAGGUUGGUGUGCUUAUUGAAGAACCGAUACAUGCACUUGGUGGUUUAUGCAAACAUCUUCAGAAUAACAUCCAAGAAGCAAUAGCAAUAGAGAAUUCAGUUAAUGCGGACUUCUUAUCAAGAUGAAGGGCGAUCCUGAUGAAUGGGUGGCCUAAUUCCAAGGAUGAGCAUGGCUGAGGGCAGGAACAAUGUUGGACGAUUCAAAAUUAUUUAGGUCAAUCAUGGCACACCAUGCCAAAGAAAUUGCACCAACCAAAGACACAUCGUAGCUGCUAUUGGGCACCCCUUGCAACAAACAAUAAUUGUUAGCUUCUUGAGUUAGCGCUUGGGCAUCGAAAGAUGAAAAGACUGGUCUCUGAGCCAGGCUUUAUGUAAAGCUUCACCAGUGGUGCCCUGAGUAGUGGGAGCUACCUUUACCAAAACCUAGUAGUGAGAUAAAGGAAAAGGUCCACUGACUUGAUCAGCACUGCCAUAUAUUACUGUGGAUAAAGGAACAUGUAGCUGCAUUUUGAUCAAUCUGUACACUACAACAUGCUAACUGGCCUUUAAGACUGGUCUCUCAUACACACACAUCCUUGCAAAGUUUUUAGGCAACAAUUUAAUGCCAAAAACUUGGAUAUGAAUGUUGGACAUGUCAAAGAAUAAUUGGCAUGGAAAAACUCUUACCCUGAGAGAGUGACGCACAAAUUUGUGUGGACAUUGUUAUCCCAUCAAGAACAGCUCGGCAAAUAGUGAUUACAUGAUUGAACUGGGAAACAAAGAUGUUGAUUGACAUUGGAUACGGGAAUUGGAUCUUGAAUAAUGUACAUCUUAAGUGACAGUUGGGGAAGGGGCCAAAUGUAUCCUCUAAAAGUGGCUUUGGAUCUUUUCUAGUUUGCAGAGUGAUGAGAGAUGGAUGAAGAUGUGUACUGCGAAAGCCAAAUGCAUUCUGAUGCUGUUGAUGUCAGUGAUAUGAAUUCUUAGAAGGGCAAGGGAUCAAAUGCAGUAUUGCUCUAAUAAAAAGAAACAUUAUGUAACAGGAAAGGAGUCAUUUUUGUGACAUGGAAGAAGUCUUAUCAAAAGAAGUUCAUUGCCCCCUUCUAAGAGUAAAAGGAAAAGAGAAGUUGGAGAAGGGGACGACACGUCCCCAUCAAUGCAUCUUUUACGUAGCAGCCUUUUCCUCACUUUAGGCUUCGGGUGAGACAUGAACAGCUCCGUAUCCACAUGCGCGUGAUGUGAGCAAGAGACCGUAACCUCACAACGAAUCUAUCGUCUAUGAGCACGGCGUUCGCUUGGAUACGGACAGCGAUCGGCACCCUUUCAACAUUGGAUAUCUUCCCUCGCCUUCUUGUUUGACUUCUGAUCCAAUAUUUCCCUCCCCCCCUCUCUUCUCGAUAGCUACUAGACACCAGCUGAAUACACUUAGAUUAGACUGGGAUUAGGUAUGGGUUUUAUGACAUUAGAUGAGGGAGAAUUCAGGAUGGACAUAUGUUUAUUGGGCUAAUUAUGUAUGCUGUAAAAGAACAAUCUUGAUGUAUGAAAUUGGGAUGAUGAAAUUUUGAGGAGUUUGAGCAAUAUUUUGCCUAAUUUUCAUACACGAGAGUUUAGCUAUCUACCUGGGAGGGGGACCAAAUCCUACCUCUCUUCCUCUUCAAUUAGCUAUCCACGCUGCUGCUUUAAUAAGCUGUAAGGUGAGAACUGGACGACGAGAGCUCCAGCAUCAAACUUCUGCACUUUGGGCGCCCGGCAUUGCUCCGUGUCAGUGCAAUCGCACAGUCAUCGGCGUAGUUUUUCCUCCCUUUCGCCGCGGUCUCUCUUCGAGCGAGCAGAGGUGAUAAGCGUAGGGACCGUUCUUGAUAGCAUCGUUGCUAUUCCCGGGAUGGAUUUUUGAUUGAUCAAUGACAAUUCUCUCUGUUUGGGGAUUUGCCGUUCAACCACGUUUUGCUGCUUUUAUUCUCUUCCUUUAGUAGAUAUGAUAUGAGAAGAUCCAGUUGUCUCCAUGAGUCUUUAUUGCUUUGAUUUGCUAUCAUGUGGGUUUCUUCGUUUCAAUGUGUCAUCUAUUUCCUGGGUUUCUUUCUCAUUUAUAUUGCGGCUUAACCACGAGUGAACCUCUCCUCUCGCGUUAUUGGUUCGUCAGCCAUUUGCUGCUGCUCGUUGGUUCUUCUCUCUGCAUAAGUGGAUGCUGCAGCCCGGGAAGCUUGGUUGGUGACUCAAGAAAACUGAGCUGCAGUUAUUCUUCAGGUCUGUAUUGUGGAAACAUGCCUUCUGAAACUUAUGAAGAUGCUAGAGACAGUGACAUGCUAAAGAGAGGUUCCAUGUAUCUGAGCUCAAAAGAAGUAUGGAGAAUGAGAGAAGUAAGAGAAGAAAGGAUCAAACAGGAAUCAGCCUGCGGUGAUGAUGCUUUUAUUUCAUUUGAAAUUGCCAAUUCCUUGCCUCAGUUUUGCUCCAAGGAAGUUGUUUUAUCUUCUCAACAUAGAUAUUCACUUGCUGCUUCUUUAAAUGGUGAGUCAAAGCUGUUAACUACUGACACCAGACACUCGAUUACGAUAAGAUCCAUAGAUUUUCUGGAUCUUUCCUUGCACGAUCUCACUGACAAACAUUCAAGUGAGAAUAUCUCGUGCUCUGAUUUGGUCUCAUUAGAAAGGUCAGUAGAUGAUCUCUUGGGGAUCUGCUUGCAUACUGAUGGUAUGGAGUCUCAUACAAAAGCAGCUCCAGUAUUGUUUGAGGCAGGAUAUCUCGAGGAACAAGUGUCUGAGUGCAACAGCCAACCAUCAAGUUUCCCGCCCAAGUCCAUGGCAAAGGCAGGCAAGUCGAAAGCACCUUUUCAGUCGCAAUAUAGUUAUUGUAAUGGCAGUCCAAAAACUAAGUUUAAUGCACUUAAGAGGUUGUUUGAUCCAGUCAUGAAAUCCAAAUCUCUGCACAAUUCGUGGAGUGUAGAAUCAGAGAACACUUCAUGCACAGAUAUGGAUCCUGCAAAAAUCAGGAACAAUGGAGUUUUGGACAAAUCUACAGCCAAUGACUACUCAAAAGCAAUGCGAGAGGUGGAGUCUGAUGCAGAGCUGAGAGGAGAGAAAGUAUUGACUUCUUUUUCACUGCCUUCUCACUUGCAUGGAAUUCUUAAACUGGAAACUAAUAGUGGCAAUCCAUCAUUUGAAUUCCAUGUAAAAGAUCCAGAAGUUGUUCUUUCAGCAAAGGCGUGGAGAACAGAUAAUAUGUUUAAUUGGGUUUACACGAUCCAUAGCUCUAAAAAGAGGAACUAUAACACAUGGAGUAGGAAAAUAGACAAGCAUGGGCAAUCACCACCUAUAGUUGGCCAGAUGCAGGUUUCAUGUUGUCUUUGCUCAGAAAUGAGAGAAAAUGGGCCUGCAGCAAACUCUUCUGUCACAGAAUUUAUUUUAUACAACAUUGUGCAGGCAAAAAGGAGUUUUUCUGUUGAAGAAAGUUCUGAGUGUUCCUUAGAUGCCACUUGUCCUCUUCAAAGAAAUGUCAUGGACAAGUUAGUCACAGAGGAAACCUUAAUGCCAAACAAUUUAAUGAAAUGUCAACAUCCUAUCAGGUAUACUCUUAGUCGUUAUGGGUCAGACGACUCCACUCCGUACCCAUGGUUGCCAGCAGACCUGCGUCCAGAACUUGAGAUUGCAGCUAUUGUGAUUCAAACUCCUUUUACAAAGAAAGAGUGUUCAGAAGAAAUGAAGGAGGUCGGCCCGGAAGGAAUAUGCAACGGCCUGAAUUCUGCAAUUGUGAAUGUCAUUACUCCAAGCGGGAGGCAUGGUUUGCCAAAUGUUGAUGCAGGAUGCCCAUCAACAUUACUAGAUAGAUGGAGGUUUGGUGGAGGGUGUGACUGUGGUGGGUGGGACAUGGGCUGUCCCCUUGAAGUAUUUCACAAUGAUGAUUGGGUGUAUAAUUCAUCGAUGGACACUCAAAAGUCCAUUUUGCUCUUUGGUCAGGGAAGUAAAGAAAAGGCGCCUGCACUCUCGAUAACGGCUGAUGGACAACAGUAUUUAGUUGAUUUCCAUGCAAAAUUUUCAUCUCUACAGGCGUUCUCCAUCUGUAUUGCUAUCUUGCAUGGUUCUGAAGCUUCUGCAGCUGUUAGUCAGGAGAACAGGCAAACAUUGCAAUCUAAUUCAUUGAAAAUUCUCUUUGAGGAGGAAGUUAGACAUUUGAUCGGGGGAAUCACAGUUGAAGAGAAAAGAAAAGUUAAAAAUGGAGUAGAACAGGUACCUCCAACGUUCUUCGUAGGUUCAUCCUUUUCUCCAGUGACAAAAUAUUUGCAUCAAUCCUUGCCAGAAUUGACAUUCUGGAAUCUGCUAGAAGAUCAAGAGUGUUAUUAUCUGCAAUGAGCAUAAUCCAGUAAGAGUAGAUCAGUUGCAAGUUUUGCAUGAUGACAAAAUUUGGCAUUAUACCCAACACAAAUCCUUGUUAAUCACGUCGUAUACCUUGUUCAUGUGCAUAGUUACAAUGUAUCCUUUGUUCAUAAGAAAGAGGUACAGCCUUUGUUAA